AUGGUUGUCAUGGUCUUAAACGCAUCGAUGUUGCUGUGUGGUACUACACAAAUCCUAGGUGGUUUGCUGUUCCGCGCUGUGGAGGCGAAAGUUCAUAAGAGUGGGAGGACAGACUGGGAUAAUCUGGCAUCGAAAAAGACUCUGAUACCCCUGAAGAGCUUCUUGCUUCCUUCUGUGUUUGCGGCCCCAACGACGUUUUUCGAGUUGGGGGCCAUGGAGCUGCUCAACUUUGAUGGGAAAGCCCAUCUCAAGGAAUUUUUGACGCAGCAGGGGCCAGAUGGUGUGGAACGGGAUGUAGAUUGUGCUUCAAGGGGAGGGGGCGCAGGUCAGAGUAUCAUUGUGAUGGUUCCCAAUCUAUGUCCUAACGAUGGGAUUGGAGAAUGGUGUCCCGAGGCUGGGCUCAUUUUGACAUCACGUCUAACGAUGGUUUCGGCUGGGAUAACCCCGUUGGUGCAUUAUGUUCAAAUGGCCUGGUCCCUCAUUGGCUUGUCCCAUCAUUACAAAGAACGCGUGUACGUUGGGCGAGCGGCUAGCGUUCGCGCGGCUUCACUGAGCAGCGAAAAAUCUUCCACUGCCGUUGUUGAUCGCGGAGGCCCUUGA